UCCGGUGGGCGCUGUUUUAAGAACAUUAUCCAGCUGCGCUGGUGCUGCCGUCAUACUCGUAGCUCUUUAUGUAACUUAAUCCUUCCAAAUAUUGAUGCUUUGAGUUUGUUUUGAUCAAAAAACGAGCGUCUGAAUCGAAGGAGAGUGUCUCGAUGGAGGGAGAUGAUGGCGACUUCCCCCCUGAGCCAUCAGAACAUUCUCUUUCCCAGCGAGGAAGUGUGGCUUCCUCAGUCACCAGAGCUCAGGAUUUGUUGGUGUACUUGGCAAAUGACAGUGCAGUGCACUUGACUCUGGAGGGUCUCGGUUGCAUGAAUGCGCAGGAGCUCGGCCGCAAUGUUCGGGAGGCCCUCAACAUUCCCAACUCCGCUGCUGAUGUGUUCGCUUUCUGGUUCUGCUCUCCUUUGCUUGAACUGCAGUUGAAGCCGAAACAUCUGCCUUACAAGCUGUGUCGUCAGUGGCAGGACCUGCUGUACCGCUUUACUGAGGCCCCUACAGAAGACAUUUCUUUAGAUGAACCAAGUCUGCUGUUCAAACGAAGUGUUUUUUAUCCACGGGCAAAAGAACUUCAGAUUGAAGAUGAAGGAGUGUUGAGGCUGCUUUAUGAUGAAGCGAAGAUGAACAUCUUGGAGGGUCGGUACCCAUGUGACCCUGAACACUGGCUGACGCUAGGCGCAUUGUCCUGUGCCAUCGAGUUAGGGACUGAACUAGAUGACCAGGCCCUCACAGCAGCAAUCAGAGAGAAGAAGCUGUCCUCAUUCCUUCCAGCCCAUGCCGCACUAGGAGGAGGAGGUUUUCUGUCCACACUUCGGGGGAGAGGUGGGAGGAAUGCAGAGAUGGAGCAAAACCUUGUAAAGGAGUGCCGUUCAGUCUGCUCCUCUGCUGCCAGCCAGGAGACCAUCGCUCUGCUGCGCCAGUACCUCAGGAGCUGCCACAACCUGCCUUACUACGGAUGUGCUUUUUUCGCGGGUGAGAUCGAUAAGCCAGCUCAGGGUCUCCUUCACAGAGGUGGGCGUAAGGCAGUGAGCGUGGGCAUCAGUCUGGAAGGAGUGUAUGUCAUGGACGUGAAAGAGAAGCAUGUCCUCCUGGGACUGAAGUUCACUGAGCUUUCCUGGGAUCACAGCUAUCCAGAGACGGAGGGAGACUCGCAUAUACUCUGGCUGGAGUUUGAUGGGGAGGAAGCUGGCACCCCUGUCAAUAAGUUAUUAAAGAUUUAUUCAAAGCAGGCUGAACUUAUGAGUGGUCUUAUUGAGUUUUGUGUGGAGCUACGCUCUGUUAGCGAGUCAGCAGCCACGGGUACAGACGGUGAGGUCACACCUUCCCAUGAACCUACAAGUCCAGAAACCAACAACAAAACUCGAGAGCGACGGCAGGGGAAACUACGCAGACAGAACAGUGUGGUCUGUAGCCGAGUCCAUUCCCUCAGCACCAUUAACUAUGUUGAUGACGGCAAAGAAAUCAAACGUUUGAAACCCAAAAGAGCAGCUUCUUUCUUCACGAGACAAGCGCAGCCUCCCACUUACUCUGCUGUUCAGGUGACUGAAAGUUUAGAGCAAGGGUGAACCCAACACCUCAACACUGCCCUCUUCUGCCAGGUGACCAAAACUACAUCUGUCCAUUGAGAUCCUCAGAGACGCAGUGCAAAACCAUCUGAAUGGACAGAUCGGACCAAGAUCACAGACCGAAGAGCUGAACCACUAUUUAUAGAUGAUUUGUGCAUGAUUCCGCAGGUUUAAGUUAAAACUUUUUCUCUGUUGGCUGUUAAAAAAUAAGAAUGUGAAAUUCACUUCUCUUAUCCGUCAAACAUUUUGGUGCAAGAGCAAGGCUAAGAAGCGAUCUGAAAGCUCUGGGUAGGUCACUGUUCUGAAUGUAGUCUACUAUGCAACCAUCAAACCAAACUACAUCCCAGUGGCUGUACAUUAAUAAUCCCUCACUUUGAUCCACUAAUACUGCUAAAACCAGACCUGCUGCACCAAAGGAAACAAUCGAAGCCUCUAGUAUAGGUUGUAAAACUCCUAUAUGCAAAACCAGGGCUGCAGGUUUGGGGCAAAACAUUGCAAAGAAAUAAAGUGGGAUUCUGAAUGUGUAAAGUUCUUUUCUGUCCAUGUUUGCAUAUGCAGACUUUAGACUUCUACUGAGCAACAGGACAGAUGUGAGUUCUGUUAAAUAAUGGCAAUAGGUUGAGCUUGUUCACUAGCUUGUUGCUCAGGAGAAUCAUGCCUUUCUGAUGGAGUGCACUCACUGUAAUGCACUGCAGAAAUCAAUCCAGGUGAUUCAUUAGCAUAAUCUGCAUUUGUAAAGCAGAGAGAAUGUUAAUACAUGAAAUUACGAGAUGAUUGGAGGCUUGAUGAUCAAUGACAAUGUACAUCUGCUUUUUCUAUUUCCUGAUGCUUUUCAAAUGUAUGAAGCUCUAAUCAUACUGUGUUUUCUUGUCUGUAAGAAUUUGAAUGUACUGAAUCUCUGAAUAGGUUUUUUUAGUAAUGGUAACACAGGGCACAGCUUUAAGGGGAAUAGUUCACCCAAAAACAAAAUGACCUCAUUUUUUUGUCUUCCUUUUGAACACAAAAGAAAAUAUUUUGAAGAAUGCUGGGUGCUUGAUUUUUGAAGUCAAUGGGUGCUUGCAGCCAGCAUUUAUCAAAAUAUCUUGUGUGUUCAACAGAAAAACAACUUGAGUAAAAUGAAUUCUGACUUUAUAACUCGGAAUUUUGACUUUAUAACUUGGAAUUCUGUCUAUAUAACUCGGACUUGCGACUAACUCAGAAUUGUGACUUUAAAACUAGGAAUUCCUUCUAUAACUCAAUUGCGACUGUAUAACUCUGAAUUCUGUCUAUAUAACUCGGAAUUCUGUCUAUAUAACUCGGAAUUCUGUCUUUAUAACUCAGAAUUGCGACCUUAUUACUCGGAAUUCUGUCUAUAUAACUCGGACUUGCGACUAACUCAGAAUUGUGACUUUAAAACUUGGAAUUCCUUCUAUAACUCAAUUGCGACUGUAUAACUCUGAAUUCUGUCUAUAUAACUCGGAAUUCUGUCUAUAUAACUUUGAUUUGUGACUAUAACUCAGAAUUCUCACUUUAUAACUCGGAAUUGUGAUUUUAUAACUUAGAAUUGCAACUAUAACUCGGAAUUGCGACUUAAUAACUCAGAAUUGUGACUUUAUAACUCAGUAUUUCAACUUUAUAACUCGGAAUUGCGACUUUAUAACUCGGAAUUCUGUCUUUAUAAUUCAGCAUUGCGGCUUUAUAACUCGGAAUUCUGUCUUUAAAACUCAGAAUUGUGGCUUUAUAACUCAGAAUUGUGAUUUUAUAACUCAAAAUUGCUACUAUAACUCCGAAUUUUGUCUUUAUAACUUGGAAUUCUGACUUUAUAACUCCUAUAACUACAUCUCUUAAACCUCUGAUCAGGACAAAACAUCUUGUUGUUUAAUCUGGUAACUGAAACGUCAUGCUAAUUAUUGGGCGUCAUCUGAUCCUCAGUGUCCAAUUACCUGCCCUGUGUCAUUAUUACCAAGCAGUUCAUGGUUCUGAUAGUCUGAAUUGUGUGUAAUUACUAUGUUGAAUUUACGCCUCCUAUUUUGGUAUUAAUGUCAAUGUGCUGCUCAUUUACAGAUGAACUAAAUGUUCAUGUAUCUGUAAAAGCUUAAUGUCAAGUCCUGUUGUCAGGUCCUCGCUUACCACACCACUGUAUAUUUAUCCAUGCAUGAUGCAUCUGUUGUCUUAAAUUGAUUUUGUGGUGUGCAUGUUUCUGUACACGUUUCUUUAUCCAUUUACACACUUGUAAGAUGAAAACUUUAACCUUUUGCAUCACCCGCUGAACUGUGAAAGAAAAACAGACAGCUGAAUGGUGUAAAAUGAACAGUACACACUGACUUGUCUCCCUAAAUUUCUGUAUUCAUCAUUUAUACUAGAAUGCUUAAUCCCAGAUCCUCUGUGCUAUUGUAGAGUCAUUAUUUCCACUCUAAAUUGAAUGCAAUGUUUAUAUUGUAGUCUGAACAUCUGUCACGCACUUAUGCACAUACUAACAGAGCUGUAGAUAGUCACGUCUGUGUUUUGGAAAUACAAAAAUGUCAGUACUAAUUUAAAGUGCCUUUUUUUUUUAAAACAUUUGACCUGUUUCUGUUGUUUUCCUGUCAUCUGUCUUUUGAAAUUGUAUUUCCACUAUCUUUUGUUGUUUAUGACGUUUUCUAUACAAAUACAAUACUACCAAACUUUUGUGACUGUAAAAUCAAUGGAAACCAUUUAUAUGCAGCAUUAAACUUUUUAUUCCUGCUUUGUACUAACCGGCAUAACUAUCAGUGAAUCAUUUUCUGUAUAACGUAUUUUAUAAUGAUGUUUUAUUUAAACUAUACCUGCAACAAGGUCUUGGAUGUGUUGAAUCUUGAGGAGAAAAAGGAACAAAAUAAAUGUAAUGACUAAA